AGCCAAAUGGCAAUCGUUUGUUGAACGUAUUAUCUGUAAGUGGAAUGAAACUCAGCGGCUUUCUCUCUGGUUUCAAGAAAAGGAGCGGUGGUUUCCUUGGUUGUCUGUCAGAGGGCUUUCCCCGGAGUCCGGUCACAUCGCCGGGCACCGAGUGGCGACGACUACCGCCAGUAGCCGACAAAGUCCUUCGGGAAGGAGGGGGGAAACCCACAGAUCUACGUCCACCAUGUCCGGCCACGGCUGUAAAGACGACUCCCUGGACUUUGGUGUAGAGAACCGCACGGACUCGGGUAUUGACUCGUACCGAUCCAUCCUGAAGUCUGAAGAGCCCCAGGAGUCUGGUGACAUUAGUGGGCCCAGGGAGAAGUUCUCCGCCGUGGAGGAGCGGCUGGACUCAGCCUACGGCUCCUCGUCCAUCACCGGGGAGAGUUUAUCGGAGCUGGUGCAGAGCUGUGAGAUCUCCAGCGUCCAGGAGGAGCAGGAGACACAGAGUUCUGAGCUGUCGGAGCAGGAGGAGAACCUGCUCACCACCAUCACUGAGGAAGGAGACACGUUCCUGCACUUGGCGAUAAUCCACGAGGACGGUGUCAUCAUUCAGCACCUGAUCGACCUUUUCCCCAAAGAAGUCCUAGACAUCCAGAACAACCUGUACCAGAGCCCUCUGCACCUGGCCACCUAUCUAAACCUGACAGACGUGGUGAAAAGCCUGGUGGAGAAGGGAGUCAGCCUGGAGCUGCAGGACCACGACGGAAACACUGCGCUGCACGUGGCCUGUCAGCACGGACAAACGGAAUGUGCCAACGAGAUGACGCAAAAUGUUUCCCCCAGCAAACUGGCACCGGUCCUAGAGACCCAGAACUGGAGAGGUCUGGCCUGUCUCCACUUGGCUGCUCUGAACAGGCAACAUCAGAUUAUGAAGGUCCUGAUAAAAAAGGGAGCUGAUUUAAAUAUCCAGGAAGGUACAAGUGGGAAAACAGCACUCCACCUGGCAGUCGAACAGCAUGACGUCGUAUCGGUAAAGCUGCUGCUCAAAUGGGGGGCCAACGUGGACGCUGCCAUGUUUAACGGCUGUACGCCGCUGCACCUGGCGGUGGGGAGGCAGGACGCCACCAUCUCUGACCUCCUCUGCCACGCUGGAGCUGACACCAUGCUGAGGAACAUGGAGGACGAGACGGCGCUGGAUCUGGCUGACGGCAACGAUGACAUUCUGGCUCUGUUCCCUUUCGAUGACAUCCAGAUCUCUGGGCGAUCGGUGGUUGGUGUGAAGUACUAGAGCAGAAUCCUGAAUCCUUAAAAUGUAUACUAUGUCUGGAGCUCUACUGUGGCUUGAAUCAACCUGAGGGGAAAAAAUGCUGCAUUUGCGCAAAGGUUUUCAUUAAAUAGUGGCUCUAUUCAUAGUAACCUUUGAUUUCAUUUUUAUUUAUGUUUUGUGUUGAUAAAAAGUGCACGUCCGAUGGCUCCUCACCUCCCUCUGUCAAAGCAUGUUUUUGUCCAAUGGAGGACCGGUUCAUGAAAUCCUCUUAAUCUGUGCCUCUGGACUGGGUUUGUACUUGGCUGCAAAAGCCUGUGACUGUGAGUGCCAAAUUGUUUUCAGCAUCUUUAAAAAAAAGAAAGAAACUCUACCUCUCCUUAAUAUGGAACUAGUUAAAAUGGCUAGAAAAUGAACAACCAAAUCUCUUUUUUUCAACUUGUCUUAAACUAAACCAUUACCACUAUGACAGCUUUUGUGUUUAAUCAAAAAAGUACAAUCUUCUAUUUUUAAAAUCCUUCACUCGUUGCUACAAAGAGACUCUUGGAGGAAUGCAGCCAGAGGCCUUUAAUCUAAAGCAGAUGAGCUAAUAACAACCUGCCUAUUUAAAGAAUCAGAUUUUCUAUCUAAUCAAUCUAUAUCUAUUUAUCUCACUUCAAAAAAAUUGGUUCUUUGGUGUAUAAUUUCUGUGGCCUGUCCAGUUAACAUGAGCAGUUCCUUUAUUUUUUAAUAAAAAAAAAUCAACUGCA